CGUUACUAUUACCGGUGCAACUGMAUAGCAAGAAUCAGGUUCUCGACCGAUAUAUCACCACCAUGGAAUCUGAAUCUCUCUCCAAAACACCUGCUGCCGACGCAGCAUACGCUUACAUUCGCAAGUUCAACGACAGCGCAGCCCUCUGCAUCGAGAUCGAAGAGUAUGACAGAGCCAUUUCGUCCCUGACCAAGGCCCUCCGGAUCGCCCGGUCUGUGAUAGAGAAGAAGCAGCAGCUACGGACCGACCAAAGCUCGAAGGACAACGGGAGCGGGUGCGGGUGCCGCCACUGCUCUCUCGAUGGGURCAUCCGGUUUUCCGAAGACCGACGCCACAUCCAUCCCUUGCUGCAAAACAAAAAAGACAACGGCGAACGCGAAGACGCUUUUGCGGACAACCGAAACGAAGCGAGCAUCCGUCAGCGAUUCUUGUUGCGGAGGCACCGCCGCCGCCAGGGCCGGGGAGAACCGCUUGUCGGAAGCAGCAGCAACAGCAACACCGGUUACAGCAGCAACGCAGGCGGUGACGAUCCCAGCUUCUACAGCUGGAACCGAACCAGCGCGUUCUCGGGAACAUCGGUAUCGCGGGGGAUGUCCCUCCGUGCUUUUUCGACCCGAAGAACGUCUGCAAUGGACUACGUGAGCGACGUUACUACCCGGGAGUCACGGAGGCGAGGCAACACUARUGCCUUCAUGGUAUACCAGAAACUGAUCCGUGUACCGGCCCCUUCUGUGCACAGAGACUGUGCCAUUGGAUCCCUGGCCAUUACCACUGUAUCCCUCGUCACGCUCUUCAACCUUGCCCUAGUGUACCAUCUCAAGGCGAUCCAUGCUGCAGGUACUACCAACCAUUCUACCCUACCCGCAAUCAACAAGGCUCUACAACUGUACGAUGUCACCUAUAACGCCCUUGAAAAAUACAGGCUGGAGGAGAAGCAUCAGCACGAAUCCUGCCUGCGCUUCAGGGCAACCCUGUGCAACAACCUAAGCCACGUACACAUGCUCGCCGGGGACCACGAGAGUCACGUGGCCUGCCUCCGGGAACUCCUCUCCACCAUAAUGACCCUUACCGACUACAACGCUAGAAAGAGYACCGAUGACACCAGUGGGGAAUGCUSCCMGAGCCUAGAGGGAUUCCUGGCGAACGCCGCGCCGCUGAUUUCGAGUGCCCAAUGUGCCAAUGCAGCUUGAUCGAUAGAGUUGCAGAACUUUUGGCCAGAGCUGACCUAUAAUGUAAUACAUAGCAUAUCGAGUC